UUUUUUUUUUUUCUUGUAAAGUUUGAAUACACACAUAUAACAUUUAUAUACAUAUUUUAUUUUUUGUAUAGACUAUUUUUUUUUUAACUACAUAUUUAUUAUACAUACAUAAUGAGAGAAAUUAUUCACUUACAAGCUGGUCAAUGUGGUAAUCAGAUUGGUCAAAAAUUUUGGGAAACUAUUUCAGAAGAACAUGGCAUUAAUACCAAUGGUAAUUACUGUGGUGAUAAUGACCUUCAAUUAGAACGUAUCAAUGUAUUUUAUAAUGAAGGUUCCGAAGGCAAAUACGUCCCAAGAGCUGUUUUAGUUGAUCUUGAACCUGCUACCAUGGAUAGCAUUCGUGCUAGCCCUUAUGGUAAGAUCUUUAGACCUGAUAAUUUUGUAAAUGCUCAAUCUGGUGCUGGUAAUUCUUGGGCUAAAGGGUAUUACACCGAAGGUGCUGAAUUAGUCGAGUCCAUUAUGGACGUUGUUCGUAAGGAGGCAGAAAAUACAGAUUGUCUCCAAGGUUUCCAAUUGGCCCAUUCUCUUGGUGGCGGUACUGGUUCUGGUCUUGGUUCCCUUUUGUUAUCAAAGAUUCGUGAAGAAUACCCUGAUCGUAUCUUGAGUACUUACUCUGUUGUUCCAUCCCCUAAAGUCUCUGAUACCGUUGUCGAACCCUAUAAUGCUGUUUUAUCUGUUCAUCAACUUGUCGAGAACUGUGACGCGACUUUCUGUAUCGAUAACGAAGCUCUCUAUGAUAUUUGUUUCCGUACACUUAAAUUGACCAGUCCUAACUAUGGUGAUUUGAACCAAUUGGUCUCUGCUGUCAUGUCUGGUGUCUCUACUAGUUUGCGUUUCCCUGGUCAAUUAAACAGUGAUUUGCGUAAGCUUUGUGUUAACAUGGUUCCCUUCCCUCGUCUUCAUUUCUUCAUGGUCGGUGUCGCUCCUCUUACUGCCUCUGGCUCUCAACAAUAUCGUAACUUGAGUGUCUCUGAAUUGACUGCUCAAAUGUUUGACGCUCGUAACAUGAUGGCUGCAUCUGAUCCUCGUCAUGGUCGUUACUUGACAGCCGCUACUAUCUUCCGUGGACGUCUGUCGACAAAGGAAGUUGAAAACCAAAUGUUGGCUGUUCAACAAAAGAACUCCUCCUACUUUGUUGAAUGGAUUCCUAAUAGUGUUAAGACCUCUCUUUGUGAUAUUCCUCCUGUUGGCUUAAAGAUGUCUGGUACCUUUAUCGGUAAUAGCACAGCUAUUCAAGACUUAUUCAAGCGUGUCAAUGAACAAUUCACGGCUAUGUUCAGAAGAAAGGCUUUCUUGCAUUGGUAUACAGGUGAAGGCAUGGAUGAAAUGGAAUUUACUGAAGCUGAAUCCAACAUGAAUGACCUUGUUUCUGAAUACCAACAAUACCAAGAUGCCACUAUUGAUGAAGAAUAUGAUGAAGAAUAUGCUGAUGAAGAAAUGGAAGAAGAAGAACCUAUGGAAGAAUAGAUAACAUGCAUGCAUAAUAUUAUAACAAACAAAACAAGAACAACAAAAAAGUUAAAUUAAUAAAAUGUUUAUUUUUGCAUAAUUAGAGUAAAUACAUACAUAAUUGGGGGGAGG